CAGUAUUAAUACUACUUAUAGCAGGAUCACGACACAAGGAGAUCAGAGGAGAGACUGUGAGCAGCCCCUCAGCCUGACAUUAAUCCGGAUCAGACACCAUGCAUCAGACCCUCUGUCUCCUGGUUCUCCUGCCCCUGGCUGCACAAGCUUUGCCCUUUGCAUUGUCUGCAGAUCUGUGGAAAACCCGUGAUAUCCCAACUAAUCACAGGGAAGCCAGACACCCAGCCUUGUUAGCUGUGCAAUACCUCAACUACCAGACUGGCUCACCCAACUACCUGAGGACCCUCUACCAGGUCACCAAGGCCAGUGUGAAGUCUGUUCCAGAAGUGGGAAACAAAUACUACAUUACAUUUACAACCAGGGCCCAGAAAAACAAUGAUGAUAUUAGCCUGUGCUCUGCAACAGUAUACUUUCACCAAGAGAACCCACAUCCCGCCAUAUCUGUGACCUGUUCAGGUAAUGGAAGUAUGAUGCAGGCUCAUGACGACGAUUAUAAUUUCUACAAGAAAAUGAAGCAGCAAACUACCCCUCUUAUUGGAAAGAACAUUCCCGACAGCUUUGGAAAUGUGGAGCCUGAGUUUGUGCCAAUUUUGGAUCUUGCUGAAUUGGGAAGUAGUUAUGUAAUGUGGGAAAAAAGCACAGAGAAACUUGAAUACGUUCUGCAACAAAUCAAGAACGUUAAGCAAGUGAUCCGAAAGGAUGAUUUAAUCUCAUUCGAUUAUGAUGUCCUUCUGUACGAAACCCCAAAUGAGGAAAUGAUAUCCUGCAGCCUGCAUAUCAUUUGGGUUCCGGGGAAACCACCCAAAGUUGAAUACCACUGUUCACACGACUCUGAUGAAAAUGGAUCAGGUAGCACAUCAGAAGAAGGAUCAACUUUCUUGGGAAAUUUCAAAUAAAACAUUAAAUAUGGGUUUAUAAAAAUAAAAAAAAAAAUAGAUCAAAGUAUGUGAACAUUAUACUUCUGAUAAUCAGUGUGAAGUUAUAACUACUAUAGUAAAUAAAUAAGAGAAGGGUAACUCCACCUACUAUUAAACGCACUUACUAUGUAAUGUCCAGAUUUACAAAACUCCAGUUCUGUUUCAUUACUAUAUAUAUGUAUACAUAUGCACUGCUUGCUAGAAGCCUAUAUAUCUGGGCACAAUUCAAAUAGAGCAGACCGUGCCAAGCAUCAUGGUGCCCUUAAAAUAAAUAAGUAAUGGUGGAAAUGCAAAAGAAAUAUCCCCCUUCCAACAUUUUUAAUUUCUCAUUUCUUUUAAAAUUUGUGGACCCCAGCAUUAAUUAAUGUUUAUUUUAAAUGUACUACCCACAGCACUUAAAGUGUAUAACGAACCUAGUGCGUCAUGUGAUUUACAUUGUAAAGAGUUUAAUUUAGAAGUUUAUUUUAAUCCUCUUAAUGGCAAAUACAUUUGUAAUGUUUCAAGUUGGCCCAUCUAACUCUAAAGGGUGUAUUUUGUGUACACCCUCGCCUUCAGCGAUGUUUCAUACAAAUUGCAGUCAUACAAGAACUUGACACUACAAAUUAGUCAGCCCUGUUGUAUAGAGUUAAAAAAAUAUCUGAAAUUAAAAGCACAGUGUGUAGAAAGAUUACUGUUUAGAGCACUUUAUGUAAAUGUAACAGCCAUAUGUCUUUAUUAAAAAAAGUCUAAUCUAUUUUUUCAUUAAUUUUUACAAAAUAAAACCACUUGUAGUUGUAAACACUUGUCAAAAAAAGUGUAAAAAUAAAAUGUCCACUAUUUUAAUAAAGAUCAGAAUUGCAUCCUUUUUCAUUUAUGUA